AUGAAUGACUAUUAUUCAAUGACUAUUAUAGUUUGUUCCAUAUGUAAAGAACCUUCAAACUCUUGUUGUAGGGAAUGUACCAUAAAAGGAAUAGUAUUAUUGGCAUUAUCAAUAGUAUGUAUCAUUUCUUUGAUAUUUUGGAUACUCAAUACUUGGAAAACCUAAUUAUCUCUAUAUAUUCUGGCCAUCGUUUUCUUUGUUGCUAUGAUAAGGUAUCUAAUUGGAGCUACUUUGAAAAUUGAAAAAUAAAGAGAAAGAGAAUAUACCAAAAAAGGCUAUAAUAUUGAAUUCGAAAAAUAAUGA